AUGCUUCGCAAGAAAGAGGUCUACACGACCGUCACCCCCAUCCCGGGCUUCAUUCCCCGCCAGCUCGCCAUCGACAUCCUCCAUUCCCACUCCGAGGUCAUCACCCUCAACCCCCUUGUCCUCGACCACAAGCCCAUCAAGGCGCCCCAACAUGCCGCCUCCGACGAGUACUUUUCGACAUGGUACGAAAUCACCGAGCGCAUCCAGUACAUCCCUGGCAUCGGCAAGAUGGGUUCCGGCAAGAUCAGUUUCAACGGCUGCUUCCACGACAUGCCCUGGGGCCUGCAGACGCACACUUACGCGCCGAUGAACAUUGACAUCCGGAUCAAGUACAAAAUAGACGGCAACCAGCCAGGCUUCGAACCGCCCCAGCCACCCGAGAUCGGCAUGUCCGGGCUAGGCGUCCCGGCCGACGGGCUCUACCUGCGCGAGGACAUUGAGAUCCGCUGCCACAUCACCAUGGUGAACUUUGUCAAGGCGCAGCUCAAGACUGCGAGCAAGGAAAUGGUGUCGAGAAUCAUCAAAAAAGCGGAGCUGCUCGACGCGGGAGUGCUGCAGGCCAUGAUCACGGACGGGAGGCUCAGAACCAUCAACCCGGCCGACCGCACCAGCACAGGCAUGUCCGGCGCGCACUCGCCUUCGUUUUCCCAGCGCCCCGAUGGCAGCCCGAGACCCGAUUCCAAGUCGCCGACCAUGCCGUACCAGGUCCCAAGACCAGUAUCGAUGCAGACCUUCAGACCAGGCUCACAGGGCAGCUACGGCGGCGCACAUCAAAACCAGCCGUCAGAGCUCUACUCCCAGUACAGCGCACCGCAAACCUCCUUCAUCGCUGAACUUCCAGGAAACUUUUACCACCCCCAGCAAACCUCCAACAACCUGCAACCGCCGCAGCCGUCCCCCGGCUUACAGGGUGCUGACCGCGACUCCAUGUCCCAGCAGUCGCAACUCUCCCCGGACCCAAACUCGUGGCGCUGGUCCCAGGGCCAGCCGAGCCCGUCCCAGCAGAGCUCGCGGCCGACGAGCAUGGCGUCGUCUGAGUCGAGCAGCGGGUACACCAGUCCCGCGCUGGAUCACAAGGGCUUCUCAUCCGAGCUGGCCACGCACCCGGAGACGCAGGAGGAGCACCGCGGGGACGCCAAGGCGGCGGAGGCGGCGCAGCACAGGGUCAAGGGGCCGCAGGCAUAUCCGACGUACGGACAGGCGUAUAAUUAUAAUCCUCAAGAUUAUGCGCCGAUGGGGAGAUGA